AUGGGAAAAUCCGUUACAAUUGAUAAGUUUUUCCAAAGGAAGAGAGGAAGUGAAUUAGGUCAUGCUGCUCCUAUAACCCCUUCACUAGCCUCAAAUGAUAAUGAUCUUCCAUCUGAAAAUCCUCCUAAAAGGUUUAGAAAUCCAGACGGUGAAGAAGUUGAUCUUAAUUCCUUAGAGCGUGAUCCAGGUUUACGUCGACAAAUAUGGGAAUACCCUCUUGACCAACGGGAGGAGAUUCGUCGAGCUUAUUUGAAUCUAAAGGCAUAUCAACCUAUUCUUCAAGAUUAUCCAUUAAAUAAGGAUAUUAAGCAUCCUCGAAGAUUUCAAUUUACUUGGUACGAGCUUUUUCAUUGGUUGGAGUAUUCACCGGCUAAAGAUAAAGCAUAUUGCUUUCCAUGUUUUCUCUUCAACAAGCCAUCGGGGUGCAAAAAUCAAACUGCUUUUGUUGUUGAUGGUUUUGAUAGUUGGAAGAAAGUUCGAAGCGGAAAAGCAUGUGCUUUCCUAGGCCAUAUAGGAAAAGAUAAUCUAUCUUCACUCCAUCGUAAUGCUGAAAAGGCAUGUGAGGAUUUGAUGAACCAACCGCAACAUAUAUCAAGGCGAUUCGACAACUUUAAUGCUGGACAAGUUGCAACUAAUCGUCUUCGGUUAAGAGCUCACAUACUUGUGGUGCGAUUGCUUGCACUCCAAGGGAUUCCAUUUAGAGGCCACGACGAGAAAUCUGAUUCGUCCAAUCGUGGCAAUUUUCUUGAAUUUUUGGAUGUGUUGGCCAUGGAGAAUGACGAACUUUCAAAGGCAAUUGCGAAAGCUCCAAAAAAUGCCAAAUAUACAAGUCAUGAUAUUCAAAAACAAAUACUUCAUGUGUUUUCAGUAAGAGUGAAAAAUGCAAUUCGUGAAGAAAUUGGAGUUGCCAAGUAUUGCAUCAUUGUUGAUGAAGCUCGUGAUGAGUCAAAAAAAGAGCAAAUGUCUAUUGUGUUGCGGUUUGUGGACACUAAUGGAUUCAUUCAAGAACGUUUUUUUGGGCUUGUUCAUGUUUCUGAUACUGCAGCUUUGACUUUAAAGAACGCUAUAUAUUCUGCUUUGGCUCAUUACAAUUUGGAUGUUCAAAAUAUUAGAGGUCAAGGUUACGAUGGGGCCAGUAAUAUGAGGGGUGAAUUCAAUGGAUUACAAGCUUUGAUUAUGAAAGAUUGUAAGGCUGCUUACUAUGUUCAUUGCUUUGCUCAUCGGCUACAGUUGGCUCUUGUUGCGGCAGCAAAAAAUCUGACUCCCAUUCAUAUGUUUUUUGACAAAUUAAUUUCUAUAGUUAAUAUGGUUGGUGCUUCUUGCAAGCGUAAUGAUGAAUUGAAGAAAGCUCACGCGGAUGACAUUGCCCAUUUGACUUCUAUUAAUGAACUCGAGACAGGGUCUGGACUUAAUCAAAUUGGCACUUUACAACGAGCUGCUGAUACACGUUGGAGUUCUCAUUUUAGAUCAUUGUCGGGUUUGAUUAGGAUGUUCAGUGCAGCAUGUACGGUAUUGCUCAAAGUUAUGGAGGAAGGGCUUCCUUCCCAACGAGCCGAUGCAACAUCUGUUUAUGAUGAAAUGACUUCAUUUGAUUUUGUGUUUAUCUUGCAUCUGAUGAGCGAGAUUAUGGGCAUCACAGAUUUUCUUUGCCAGACUUUACAAAGUAAGUCUCAAGACAUUUCGAAUGCAAUGGAGCUUGUGUCAUCUACAAAAAGAUUACUACAAGAGUUAAGGGAUGACAAGUGGGAUAAUUUGCUUGAAAAAGUAAAGUCUUUUUGUGUGGCUCGUAACAUUAAUAUUCCUGAUUUUAGUGCUCAGUAUGUUGAUAGGCGGCGUCGAGCUCGUGGUCAUCAAGACAUCACCAUUGAGCAUCAUUAUCGAGUAGACUUCUUUUAUGCCGCGAUCGAUUCACAAAUGCAAGAAAUUAAUGUGCGUUUUAGUGAAGAUGCGACGGAAUUGCUCAUGCUUAGUUCUGCUUUAAAUCCUCAAAAUGCAUCUGAGGCUUUGAGAAUACUAGAUAUAUGCAAAUUGGUUGACAAGUUUUAUGCACAAGAUUUUACAAGUGAAGAAAAAGAGAGCUUGAAGAUGCAACUAAAUCAUUAUGAGCAUAAUGUAGUCAAAGGAGUGAUCGUGCUUGUGCUUACUCUUCCAGUUUCUACUGCUACUGCAGAACGAUCAUUCUCAGCUAUGAAUAUCGUCAAGACUAGGCUUCGAAGCAAAAUGGAGGAUGCUUUCCUCUCAGACGCAUUAAUGGUGUUUAUUGAAAGAGAAAUUGCUAAAAGUCUGAGCAUUGAUGCUAUCAUUGAAGACUUUGAAAAUUUUAAGGAACGUCGAAUUCCUUUUAGUUAG